AUGUCGGACAAAGCCGCCUAUCUCACAAGCGAUCAGAUCGACGACCUGCUCCUCUCAGCACGCUACGGCGAUCUCGAGGACCUCGAAUCCACUUUGUCACCGCUACUUUCCUCCUCCUCCCCUAGCGAUCUCUUGGCGAGCAUCAAGAACGAUUCGGCAAACACACUUCUCCACUACGCCUCGGCAAACGGUCAUCUCGAGAUCGUCACCUACCUCCUGCCGCACAUCACCCUCCCACUUGCACUUGCGCAGAACGAGUCGGGCAACACACCCUUGCACUGGGCCGGUCUAAACGGCCACCUUUCCGUCGUCCGCGCGCUCGUCUCACACAUCGAGUCGCUCGAGCGGGCCAACCCCGAAGAAGCCAAGCGCAUGAACGUCAUCUUCCACCCACCAACAUCCUCCUCAACCGGGGAGGAGAAAGAGGAUGAUGGGUCGGAACGCAAGCUCUGGGACGUGAGGAAUCGCGCCGGUAGAGGUCCCAUGAGCGAGGCCCAGAUGAGGGAGCAGGAGGAGGUGGUCAAGUUCCUGUUGGAACGCAUGAUCGAUGGGCCCGAAGGAUCGACGUUGCAGCCCGCCGAGCCGAUGCCGGAGAAACCGUCGACCGAGACUACAGCAACGGAUGGCGUGGAGCAGCAGACGGCCAACCUCAGCCUCAACGGUGAUGACAAGCCAUAG